AAGAUGAAGAAAGCGGCGACUAAUAAUAAUGAACAUGAACUCAACCUGGCUGAAUCCAUCAGUUUCUACUACUAACCCUUUCUUCUUUUCAUCUCCUCCUGUUCCUAUUAGAGCUUCACAGAUGGCAGCCACCACCACCACCACCAACAAAAUCAUCGACUCCCAUUUGCACGUUUGGGCAUCUCCCCAACAGGCUAUGGACAAAUACCCUUACUUUCCUGGCCAAGAACCCUCCUUACCUGGUAAUUACGAUUUCUUGCUACAUUGUAUGGAGGACGCAGGCGUAGAUGGUGCAGUUAUCGUGCAGCCCAUUAAUCACAAGUUUGAUCAUUCAUAUGUAACAAGUGUGUUGAAGAAGCACCCAUCCAAGUUUGUUGGUUGCUGCCUUGCAAAUCCAGCACAAGAUGCCACUGGACUCCACCAACUUGAACAUCUUAUCUUGGAGGAUGGUUAUCGUGCUGUUCGCUUUAAUCCCUACUUGUGGCCAUCUGGUCAGCUGAUGACAAAUGAAAUUGGAAAAGCAAUGUUCUGGAAAGCAGGAGAACUGGGAGUGCCUGUUGGGAUCAUGUGCAUGAAAGGUCUUAACUUGCAUAUCUCAGAAAUUGAGAAGCUGUGCACUGAAUUUCCCAAGACAACACUAGUGCUUGAUCAUUUAGGCUUCUGCAAACCUCCUACAAAUGAGGAUGAAGACAAAGCUUUGUCACAGCUGUUGGAGCUAUCAAGAUUUCCACAGGUAUAUGUAAAAUUUAGCGGCCUCUUCAGAGUUUCAAGAAACCCAUUUCCAUAUCAAGAUUUAUGCCCGCUUCUUUCUCAACUGGUCUCUAGCUUUGGUGCCAAUCGUCUCAUGUGGGGAAGUGAUUUCCCUUUUGUUGUUCAAGAGUGUGGUUACAAGCAAGCAAAAGAAGCCGUAUACGUAAUUGCCAAUCAACUGCCUUUAUCAUCUUCUGAUUUGGAGUGGAUCAUGGGCAAGACGGCUAUGCAGCUUUUCCAAGGACAGUCUUGAUUUCAUCACUGCUUGUUUUGCAUAUGCAAAAUGCUUUAUUAAUUAAUGUAUACUCAACCACUGCACGCAUCAAUGCAUGUCACAACAAGUAACAAGUCUCUCUUUUUCACU